UAUAGUAAGCGCUCAACAAAUCGAUCACAGCAGGAGAAGAUGAAAUGAAAGAUUAGUGAGUGAGACAGGAGGGAAGCGGGAACAAACGAACUGACUGCACAAGAGCCCCCAGAUUUAAUCCUCAAUCGAGGGGAAUCGAAAAGGCCUUCAAAAGGAAGAAAGAAGGAAACAUUUCUAAAAAUUAAAUAGCAAAUCAUAGGCAAAAACUACCAAUGAACUCAAGGGAAGAGUUGUAGUUCCUAGAAAGAAUUCAACAGUGACAGAAAGAUGGUAUCGAAAUAAUUUUUUUAAAAGUUACAAAGUAUCUUGGGAAAGGGACCAAUUAAAAAGAGAAUAGACCUAGUAAGAAAACUGAAAACAAAGACUAGUGAAAAAUUGCAAAAGUAAUUUUUUUUUUAAUUCCUCCACCCCUUCCCCAGUCCUAUAUAGGCUGAACUUGACCUUGAGACACAACUGGGUCCUUGAAGUCCAUGACUUAAAUUGGAACAAAUAUUCUUAAAGGAAUUAUGUUAAAAAAUGAGGAAUUGGUUCAUGAACCAACUCUGGAUUCCUAAUUUCACUAAAAUUAGCCCAGAUUGUGUACUCAGUCAGUUAUAGAGGGGUACUAUAACUACAUUAAUUUACGGAGUCAGAGAGGUUCCAAGAUCAGAUAACUGACUUCAGAAGUGAAAUGGACAUAUCGAGCUUCCUGGUGACUCCACAUGGCAAUCAGGUUAAGCUGAAGAAGAGAGAGAUUGGAGACAGGAAGACCAACAAGGAGAUUGUUGCAACUGGGAGGAAGUCCAGAGGCUUUAAACUGUAGAAGAUUCCUGUGUCUACGACAGCCCCCACACUCCUAAAAUAUCACAUCACACUUCUUUGGAUAUUGAUACUCACCCUUCAGUUUGGCAAACAUGAUUCCUUUUGCUUUUAUGUCAUUCCAGAUUCUUACUCAACAAUGGUCAUUUUUCACUUCUGCAACUCUAAGCCUUUCAGCUCGUCAGACCCAGCCUGACAGCUCUGUGCCAUCUUCAUCUGAAGACAUGGACUCAGGCUCUGCAAGUUGGGGGCCUGUAUCUUCUCUGACGGAUGGCCCAAAACACAUAGUUUCUCUAGGAACAGUAAAUAAUCCUGCAAUUUAUGCUAGCCCGUCUGUUUCCGAUAAACCGAAGCCAUCAGCACAGAAAGAUCAAUCCACAGGUGAUGGCAUUGCUCCUCCCCAGAAGGUCCUUUUCCCAGCUGAGAAGAUUUUUCUGAAGUGGCAGCAAACUCACAGAGUUGGAGCUGGACUCCAGAAUCUGGGCAAUACCUGUUUUGUUAAUGCUGCCCUGCAGUGUUUGACUUAUACACCACCUCUUGCCAACUAUAUGCUUUCUCAUGAACACUCCAAAACAUGUCAUGAACAAGGAUUCUGCAUGAUGUGUACAAUGCAGGCUCACAUUACCCAGGCUCUCACCAACCCUGGCCAUGUCAUCAAACCUGUGCCUAUCAUCAAUGAUCUCCGUCGUAUAGCAAAACACUUCCGUUUUGGAAGCCAAGAAGAUGCACAUGAAUUCCUACGCUAUACAGUGGAUGCUAUGCAGAAAGCAUGUCUGAACGGCAGCACUAAAUUGGAUCGGUACUCCCAGGCUACCACCCUUGUUUGUCAAAUAUUCGGAGGCUACCUGAGAUCUCGAGUUAAGUGUAUGAACUGCAAAGGAGUUUCAGACACCUUCGAUCCAUAUCUCGAUAUCCCACUGGAGAUAAAGGCAGCCCAAAGUGUAAACAAAGCUCUGGAACAGUUUGUGAAACCUGAACAACUAGAUGGAGAAAAUUCCUAUAAAUGUAGCAAGUGUAAAAAGAUGGUUCCCGCUUCAAAGAGAUUUACUGUACACAGAUCUUCUAAUGUUCUUACCUUGUCUUUGAAACGUUUUGCAAAUUUUAGUGGUGGAAAAAUUGCAAAGGAUGUGAAAUACCCUGAGUAUUUGGACAUUCGGCCAUAUAUGUCUCAGCCUAAUGGAGAACCAAUUAUUUAUGUUCUGUAUGCAGUACUAGUGCAUACUGGUUUUAGUUGCCAUGCUGGCCACUACUUUUGUUAUAUAAAGGCUAGUAAUGGGCAGUGGUACCAGAUGAAUGAUUCCAUUGUGUCUACUAGUGACAUCAGAGCAGUGCUUAAUCAGCAGGCUUAUGUUCUCUUUUAUAUCAGGUCAUACGAUGUGAAAAAUGGAGGUGAGCAUACCCAUUCCAUUCAUACUCCCGGGCAAUCUUCUCCCCGACCAGUCAUCAAUCAGCGAGUAGUUAAUAGUAAGCAGGCUGGAUCAGGCUUUAUUGGACCACAACUUCCUCCUCAUAUGAUAAAGCAGAAUUCUAAUCACUUGAAUGGAAAUGGACCAUUGAAAGAAAAUCCAAGUAGCUCCGUGGCAAGUGCUAGCAAUUCAAACUUAAAUAGGGCAAGUCCCGCUCCCACUUCGACUAUUCAAAACUGGACAGUUAACAGACCGUCAAUUAUCCCUGAACCUCCCAAAAAGCCGAAAAUUACCAUCAGUAUUCAUAAUAAUAAAUUGCCUGUUCGUCAAGGCCAGGCGCCAGCCAACCUCCAUAACAGCUCUUUGGAGACUCUUAACAAGCCUCUUCCGUCAUCUACCGUUACUAACUCUUCUGCAAUACAAUCUACCUCAAAUGCAUCGACGAUGUCAGUUGCUACUAAAGUUUCUAAGCAGAUUGUGCCCGGCGAGUCUUGUUCCAAGCCAGUAAUGAAUGGUGACUCCAAAAUGAACUCCAAUCUUCUGGUCCCUUAUGGUGCAGAAUCUUCAGAAGAAUCAGAUGAAGAGUCGAAGGGGUUAGGUAAGGAGAAUGGGCUCUCAAAACCUUUCAAUGGACUUCUGACAGGAAAUGGAGUUGGUACCCUACAAAACUCCUCUUCCUGUCAAGAUGCUGAAGAUGAGUCUUCUCAGCAUGAACUGCCAGAAACUGUUACUGUAAAUGGUGCUAAUAGUAUAGCUUGUGACCUUAAAGAAAACGGACUGGUGUUUGAUGAUUCCACUUGCCAAGUCAAGCCUGCUAUACACACGGAAAACCCCUUUUCUAAAACAAAUGGACUACACGAAAAGAUGGUCACUGCUCCUUUACCACUUCUCCCUGAAGACAGAAAUGUAGAGUCUCUCAGAUUCAAUAGCAAAUUGAAAAGCCCGACUGAUGACAUAAGUGCAACUGGAACUGAAAAAACUCCUGAAGAUGGUCAUUCCACAGAUGUCGUGACGAGUAGCAACAAUAUUCUUGCUCACGAGCAGUUAGAGAAAGUUUCUGGAAGCCUUGGGAACAAAAUAAAGAAGGCUUUCCAACCCUCAGAUCCUGAUGCCAUUGGAAACAAAGAAGAAAUCCCUGACAGUAUUACAGCAGAAACGGAAGCCCCACAUCCUGACGUUGGUGGACACUGCAGCACUAACAAAAGAAGCAGCAGCAGCGAGGAAGAGCCCUUUCCAAAUGUGUGCGAUUCUGGGAAUCACACAAACGAGAGCAUAGGAUUACCCCAAGAAGCGACAGGCUCUGCAAAAGAGAACUCUCUGAAUGCUGCACCACUCGUAGUGACUGUGGCCAAUUUAGGCCAAACCCCCUUAGUAGAUUCAGACCAAUGUGACACUAAUGAACUUUUAGUACUCAGUAGCACAGAAAAGUGCAAAGAGAUGAAAGACGUUUCUAAAAAUAAGGAUACCUCUACUAAUGAACUCCCAGUUGCCCAAUUAGAAAAAGUUAGCGAGAAUCAUUUUUCGAAAGGCACUGAACCAGGCAGUAGCGGUAGUAGAUGUGAAGAAAAUAAGGUUAGGCAAAAAGUUAAGGGUCACUCUCCAGCUAAAGAAAAAACUAGUACCCCCCAAAAAGUUGACAAAGGACAUUAUCGUAACAGGAGAGGCCAUUCUUCCAGUGGAGAGCGAGCAAGACAAAGCAGGAGCAAAAUGGAGAACCAUUAUUCCAAAAAGAGGCAUUCUUAUAGCAGAGAGGGAGCCAAGCAAGAUCGCUAUAAAUCAGAACACUGCAAUGGAAACAAAUACAGACCCUUUUAUAAUGAAAGAAGCAGCCCUAAUAAUAGACGAUCUUUAGGAAAAUACUAUCACUACCGAUCCAGAAGCAGAGGGAAAAGUGAACAGGAAAGGAGUAGAUAUUACCAUUCAAAAAGAGAGCAGUCUUGGAGCAAAGAGAAAUAUUAUCCAGAUACAAUGAGGAGAUGGGACAAAUGUCGUUAUUAUAACGAUUAUUAUCCAUCGUAUGCAGCAAGAGAUAGUAGGGACUGGAGGGCAUUUCACAGUGACCGUGACUAUGAUAAAACAAGUCAAUACAAUAGAUCACAUAAGGAUUAUUAUAAAGGCAGGUGGAGUCGUGAUCCAGGAAUUAAAGAGAAGGAAAAACACCAUUUUAGCAGUCCCAGAAUAAAUCCAUACUAUUGUUCUAGUCUUCACCUCCAUGAGAAAUAUUCCCCUGAGAAAAAUGCCCUUGUAGCUGAAGAAAAUAGUUUUAAUCUUCCAAGUCAGUGUCAUAAGCAUGAGAACGCUAAAGAGAGAAAACGGAAAUUGGGUAGCGUAGAGAGUAGUGAGAGUGAACUAGAAAAGAAACCCCGAAAAAACUUGCAGAAUGAGCCACUGGAAGAACAAAAAGUGAAGAAGCACAAAAAGUCAAAGAAGAAAAAGAAAUCCAAAGAUAAACAUAGAGAUAAGGAUUAUAAGUUUAAUAUGUUUGGGAGCUGCUCUGACUCUGAGGUAAACAAAUAUAAAAAGAAGAAGAAGAAAAAAAAGAAACAUGCAAAGAAAUCGGAGGACUGUACUGAGCAUUCAGAUCUUCAUAGGGUGGAGAUUUCCAAACUUGAGACUGAUAGCAACAGUAAGAACCAGGAAAAAAAGGAAAGUUUUUCACUCAAAGAUGGCAUGCCAUCUGAGAACUGCCAGAAACACAAUAGCAAAAGACCUUUGGAGGAAGAUGGUGGUCUCCUCCAGAAAGCAAAACACUUAGGAAUGGAAGGCCAGGAAGAUGGCUGUCACCCCACUGAGUUUGACCAGGAUUCAGAGUGUUCAACUGAAGCCAUCCCCAACACAGCAUAAAUUACACUUACAAAUAUAGAAAAUGUCUAAACAUUCAAAUCCAUAAGUGGUGCUUCUUCAGUAAAUACUGUACAGGAUUUUACCAUGGGAGAACUUUUUUUAAUUUUUACCUUGAGACUUUUUCAAUUACCCUUCAUCCAAAUGGAUGAAAACUUUCUACAACUGUUGACCGUUGUAAAAUACCAUGUGUGUGUGUGUGUGUGUGUGUGUGUGUAUAUACAGAUAUAUAUAUAUAUAUAUCACAUUGAAAAUAAUGCCCUGGAAUAGAACAUCUCAAAUGCUGCUUAAUUACAGACUCAGGUUGAUUACUUGUAUUUCAUGUAAUGUUACUCCAAGUUAGACAUCUGGUGCAAGACCAACCAGGAAACCAUGGAAUUAUAAAAAAAAGAAAAGAAAAAAAACUGACAGUGUAUAUUUAAUUUAAAGACUAUUUAAAGAUUCACAAGCUCUUACCUAGAAUUUUUGAGAGCUGUCUGUGUUUUGUGAUGUCUGAUACUAGAAACUAAUUUGCUUCACAUUUUAGUUGUAUUCAAGAUUUGAAGAUGUAUUUUAUAGACAAGUUCUGUUUCUGAACUCUGUGAAACACACCAAUCAAUUUACCAGUUAUGAUGAGCAUUUACAUUAUGAAUGUAUAACCCAACCUUUAUUUGUAAAUCCUACAGUAUGUUUUUUAUGACAUAACACUUUUUUAUACAGUGUCACUUGUCUUGGCUGUACGGUAUUGGAGUCUCAGUUGUCAGUUUUGUCCCUCUACAGUUUCUAGUUACAGACAAAUUCAUACUGUGAUUUUAUUUUUUAAUAUGGAAAUGCUAUCAAACUGUGAUACACUUAUAAUUCACUGGUCCUGCAUCAGGAGAUGGAGUGGGGAAACUGUAUUUAAUACAGUUUAUAUCUGAAUACUCUGUAUGGUUUAUACAGUCUGUGUUGUUCAGAGAUGUCUAAAGUAUGAUCUUUGUUUUUUUAAAGAUUAAAAAAGCACUUGCCCCACUGUAAAUUAUACAGCAUGUAAAAUUUAUAUAGAAUAUAAAAUACAGCAAAAAAAAAACGACAACAAACGA